AUGUGCCCCGAGAACGAGGAGCCUCCGUGGUUCGAGGGCGCCAGCGGCCCGCCGCGGAACGACGCCGUGCUGCUCCUCCGCGACCCGAGGGACGGCCCGCAGCUGCCCUUCGCCUUCCUCGGCAUGGCGAACUGGCACAUCGACAGCACCGAGAGGGCGUGGGACGCCUCGAAGAUCCUCCCCGGGUCGCCGAUGUCGAGCGAGACAUGCAACUGCUCGAGGCAGUGCUGGGAGGACGUGUUCAUGGCACGCUUUCGCAAGAAGCCCAAAGACGGCGAGGCGGCAUUGCUGUCCUUCGUGAAGCUGUUCGGUCACGGGGACGACCUCGUGUUCAAGACACGGGAAGCCGUCUUCGCUGAUAAGAAGAGUUACCUGUACAAUUGGCUGAAGAUCGCCGGAGUCACGGCCUGA